UGAAACAAUUCGGCUGAGUAUUUUGAUCAAUAAUGUCGUCAUCUGGUAGUGUAUUAAUUAGUGCCACAAUUAACAAACGCAAACGGCCAAGCAGCUGCUCCUUGAUUUGCCUGUCAACACGGCCAUCAGCAACAGCGUUGAUGCUGUUGAUGCUGCUGUUUGGAAUGUGCUCGGCUGUCGUUCAAAGUGCUGACAAUUUCGAUGCAUUGUCCGCCCUCGGCGGCAGUCAUAUCCACAGGCAUCACAACAACAGCGACAGCUUUGACAUGCAUUAUGACAACUUCAGCUCCAACGAGCCGGCAGCUAACAAUGACACACGGAUACUGCGACGUGGCAAACGCUACCUAGAGUUCACAAAGGGCUCGCGUAUGUCGUGGCGUACCAAUGGCAAGAACAAUUUACUCGCAAUCAAUACACUCUUCGCCUAUGGCUAUGGCUUUCGUACCAACUAUCCGUUUCCUGACGCCAAGGAGCAGCGCCAGAAGAGCGCCAUUCUUUUCAAGCGCGACUUAUUUUCAAGACUCGAAUCUGCCCUGGAUGGCCACGGCUUUGAUGGACGUGCCUGCUUGCUGAAAUCAUUCUGCACGGCAAUUUUCGACGUUGAUAAGCCCCAUCAAAAGAGUGGAAUGUUGUUCAAGCUGCUCAAGCUAAUAUUUAGGCGAGCCAAACGCUUUCUGGACAUAAUAGAGACAUCUCGUAUAUUUGUGGGUAACAGCUAUGCAUCUCUUAAUUUGAAGUUUCGCAUAAAUGUGAAAAACAAUGUGAUACCACAGCCAGCUAUUUGGGCCCAGGGCUACGGAUUUCGAGCUAACACGCCGAUCUUAGUGAAGCGUGAGAAUCGACCCUUCAGAAGGGAUACAUACGAGCUGGUCCACGAGCUAAUGGACCGCAGUGGCCUCGACGGUAAAGCCUGUGCCCUUAAAGCAUAUUGUACUGCAUUAGCUGGGCACAACAGUCAGGGUUUCCUAUUUAAACUAUUCAAAUAUAUGUUUACCCUUGAGGAUCAGGAGAAACAUCACAUUCCGUAUCUGCGCGAAGAGAACUGCCAGCAGAUUCUACAUAGCCACUGCCCGCUUAGCUUUGACAGCAUAUCACCAUACACAGAUGAUGUCUAGCAAAAUGACUUUGUAUUCUUCUGGCAAACUGCUAAAGUUCUACAACUAAAAACUGAAUAAAUAAAACAAAUG